AAGAAAAGUGGACCAAAGAAGCAAAAACCCAUAACAAAGUCGAAUCCGAAUCCGAAUCUCUCUCUCUCCGGCGAUUUCAUCCAUGGCGGAAGGCGGCGAAGAUCCCCAGCGGUUGAAGAAAAUUGCGGCGGCAGCCUUCGACUACGAAAGCGACGCUCGAUGGGCUGAUUACUGGUCCAAUAUCCUCAUCACUCCUCACAUGGCUUCUCGUCCCGAAGUCGUCGACCAUUUCAAGCGCAAAUUCUACCAACGCUACAUCGAUCCUGAUCUUGUUGUGGAGCCUAUGUCGACUUCAUCUUCGUCUUCACAAUCUGCUAGACCUUCUGCUACAUCUGCAUCUUCAACGGCGUCUUCUAAUGCAAAUGAACAAGUUCGUUCACGUAACUCAGGAUCGGUUUCUCGAACCUCUGGGCCAUCUGCUACGGCCGGUGCAAACCCAAGUUCACUGCGCUGGGAUCAGCAGACGAUUCAGUUUUCAGUCAAUGCUUGGGUUUUUGUUAUAGCUGUUCUGGCAGUGCUACCUCUAAUACCAAAGAACCUCUCAAAUAGGGCUUAUCGUCUAUCUUUCAUGGGAACUGCGUGCUCAUCUCUAUAUUCCUUAUACUCCUUAUACGGGAGGCCAAGGGAAUGGAAUAUGCAAGGGCUGCAAGUUUAUUUACAGUCAAUUGUGGCAGCAAAGGAUUUCAUCUAUUUCAUCUACUGCCUUACACUCGUCACUUCACAUCUCUGUCUCAAGUUUGCUUUGAUUCCCAUCUUGUGUCGGGCGCUUGAACAAGUAGCCAAGUUCUUGAGGCGUAACUUCGCUCGGUCCACUAUAUACAGAAAGUACUUGGAAGACCCUUGUGUGUGGGUGGAGUCAAACACUACUACUCUCAACAUCCUGUCAUCGCAGGCUGAGAUAGCCAUUGGCUUCCUUCUGAUUAUCUCUCUGCUCUCAUGGCAACGCAAUAUCAUACAGACGUUCAUGUACUGGCAGCUAUUGAAGCUGAUGUAUCAAGCACCGGUAACAGCGGGUUACCACCAGAGCACGUGGAGCAGAAUAGGGAGGACGGUGAAUCCGAUAAUCCAACGUUACGCUCCCUUCUUGAAUACUCCGGUCAGUGCCGUUCAGAGAUGGUGGUUCAGGUGAUAGUAAACAAACAAAAAAUGCAGAGGUGACAUUUGAAACCCCUUUGAAAAACCAGAAGAUUUAUUAUAGCUUUUAACAAUCCGUCUUUCAUUUCAUCUUCAGCGUAAAGUAGAUUCUUCCUCUUCUCUUUUAACGUUUUCUUUUUAUUUUUCUUUUUGCUAUCCAUGAAAUAAAAAUCGCUUAUUACUAAAGAUUUUGACUGUGGUCGCUAAUUUAGUGA